GCAUCCGUUUGGCAAAAAAAGGAGCCUUUUCGGGAGGGACUGGCCGUGAAGACAUUCGGGUGUCUUGACGGUUUUUGUAUACAGACGUCUGGUGGCUGUGGCGUAGACGCACUAACACCCCCCCUCACCGAUACGGCCAACGGCGCGACCACGGGCACGCAUCGACGUUGCGUUAGCUGUGAAGGGGAAGCUGCUCCUUGUCGACUGUCACUUCUUCAGACAGUAGACGAGACGAUCUUGGACAAUGUAAUCAGACUAAAGGAGCCAUCUGCAGUGUUCAUACCAGAGCGGGACAGAGGAGCCACACAGAGAGUGAGCAGGGAGGAGGAAGAGGAGGAGUACGAAGAAGACAGAAGAAUGGGCGUGGGGAAGAAUACUACCUCCACAUCGUUGGACUCAGGUGGAGAGAGCAAAUAUGAUGAAGAGGGCAAACAUGGCGCAGAUUUCUACCCCAUACCGGUUGUUGUGAAUGGCGUGGGCCAGGCCAAUGGAGACCAGGAUACAGAGGACACAGAACUGAUGGCCAUCUAUGCUAAAGACAACCAAGGAGCAGAGAAGAGCUCAAUGUCUGAGACGUUGGAUAGCACUGACAGUGUGGACGCCAGGAGGUGUGACAUGAUCUAUACCAUAGAAGACACCCCGCCCUGGUAUCUGUGUGUGUUUUUAGGCUUACAGCACUACCUGACGUGUUUCAGUGGCACCAUAGCGGUGCCCUUCCUCCUAGCUGAGGCUAUGUGUGUUGGCUUUGACCAGUGGGCCACCAGCCAGCUCAUAGGGACCAUCUUCUUCUGUGUGGGGAUCACCACUUUGCUUCAAACCACACUUGGCUGCAGACUGCCCCUGUUCCAGGCUAGUGCGUUUGCCUUUCUUGCUCCAGCCAGGGCAAUUCUAUCUUUAGAGAAAUGGAAGUGUAAUGAUACAGUGGUUCCAGUGAUGAAUGGCACCGAGCUGCUCCACACGGAGCACAUCUGGUAUCCGAGAAUAAGAGAGAUCCAAGGGGCCAUCAUUGUAUCGUCUCUAAUCGAAGUGUGCAUCGGAGCGCUGGGUCUGCCAGGGCUCCUGCUGAAGUAUAUUGGGCCUCUGACCAUCACCCCCACCGUCGCCCUCAUCGGCCUCUCUGGCUUUCAGGCUGCCGGGGAAAGAGCUGGGAAGCACUGGGGCAUUGCUAUGUUGACUAUCUUCUUAGUGCUGCUAUUCUCUCAGUAUGCCAGAAAUGUCCAGUUCCCUCUACCUGUCUACAAGGCCAAGAAAGGAUGGACCUCUUACAGACUACAAGUCUUCAAGAUGUUUCCGAUCAUCAUGGCCAUCCUCGUGUCUUGGCUGUUGUGUUUCAUUUUUACCGUGACUGAUGUUUUCCCACCGGAAAAGGACAAGUACGGUUUCUACGCCCGCACAGAUGCACGACAGGGGAUCCUUGCUGCUGCACCAUGGUUCAAGAUCCCUUACCCCUUUCAGUGGGGUGUUCCUACAGUAACAGCUGCAGGAGUGAUAGGCAUGAUGAGUGCGGUAGUGGCCAGCAUCAUAGAGUCCAUUGGAGAUUACUACGCCUGUGCCCGCCUCUCUUGUGCCCCCCCACCACCCAUCCACGCAAUCAAUAGGGGUAUAUUUGUUGAGGGCAUGUCCUGUGUGCUGGAUGGCCUGUUUGGGACAGGCAACGGGUCCACAUCUUCCAGUCCUAAUAUAGGCGUGCUGGGAAUCACCAAGGUGGGCAGCAGGCGUGUGAUCCAGUAUGGGGCAGCGAUGAUGCUGCUGCUGGGGCUUGUUGGAAAAUUUAGUGCGCUCUUCGCCUCCCUGCCCGACCCCGUCCUGGGAGCGCUGUUCUGUACGUUGUUUGGUAUGAUCACAGCAGUAGGCCUGUCCAACCUGCAGUUUGUAGAUCUCAACUCCUCAAGGAACCUCUUUGUUCUGGGCUUCUCCAUCUUCUUUGGCCUGGUGUUGCCCAGCUACCUCAAACAAAACCCACUGGUCACCGGCAUAGUUGAGAUAGACCAGGUGUUGAAUGUGCUCCUGACCACUGCCAUGUUUGUUGGUGGCUCUGUCGCGUUUGUACUGGACAACACCAUCCCUGGCACUCCAGAAGAACGAGGGAUCAGGAAGCUGAAGCGGGGAUCCGGACCCAGCGCAUCAGAGCUGGAGGGGAUGAGAUCUUAUGACCUGCCAUUUGGAAUGGACUUUAUUCGCAGGCACCACAUCUUCCAGUAUAUACCCAUUAGCCCCACCUUCACAGGCUACCAUUGGGGGAAACUACAGGGGGCCUGCAGGAGCAGGAUGGGAUGCAGAGAGCCUGGACAAGGGGGAGGAAAGGGAGUGGAGGGGAUUACAGUAUCUGGGGAAAGCAAAGUAUAG